GUUUGUUGCUAGUAUUUGUACAUACAUCGAUAAAAUUCAUAUUUUGCUUGGGAUCUCCAGAACGUAUCAGGAUGAAAAACCUUAAAUUAAUACUGCUAAUUUGUGCACACCCAGUUUUCUGUUUAUUUUCAGAAUCGGAUGUCUGUUAUUAUCGUCUGGUAACAGACUUUUCUCAAGAUAAUUGUACAGAAAAAACUAAAAAUGACGUAGAGAACAAAUCCUAUUAUUAUGCGAGAGACUCAUCUAGUUGUUUACCGAAGUGUCAAGAAUACACAGGCAAUCCUAAUAACUUCCCAUGUUCCAAUGAGAAGCCAUGUGUGCCUGGGUUCAGCUGUGAAUAUAGAUGCUAUAGAGACUUUGAUGUACGAUGUACCACUAACCAAGAUUGCAUGCACACGGUCUUCAAGAACUGCAAGCAAGUAUGUGUAGCAGACCCAGGAAGCUGUAUGUCUUAUUGGUCAAAUAUCGAUUCCUAUAAAAGUACCUACUUCAGCGCAUCAGUAUUCAAGCCAUCGUGCACGAAUGACGGAAAAUGGAAAGCUAAGCAAUGCAAAGGGGGAGUGAAUGGAAGAUGCUUCUGUUUUGAUGACCAUGGAAAGCGAUUGUUCGGUGAGACAAUGUUUCACAAAUCAAAUCAGAUGACAUGCGCUUGCAGCAGCAGAAAGGCAGCUCUGUUAGCACAAGGCAGAAGUUAUGUGAGUUUUCACUGCGAUAGUCUAGGAAAUUAUGAAAAGCUGCAGUGCGAUAGCGGGUUAUGUUGGUGCGCUGAACCAAAAAGUGGAAAAGUGAUUGCACCCGUGGUCCCCAUGAAAGCCAUGAUCAAGUUACCAUGCUAUGAAUUUUCUCAAACAGGAAAUCAGUACUAUAGAAAAUGUGAUAGUGUUACGUAUGCUUUGGCAACGAUCACCGAAACCCUAAAACGACAUGGAGUCAAAUAUCCCAACAUCGGUAGCAUUGUUUGUGAUGGAGAUGGAAGCUAUGGACCUUAUACUGUCAAAGAUGGGGCGGCUUAUUGCACAUCGAGCGAUGGUGCUCGUGUUGGGUCAUAUUCAUUACCUGAUGCUAGUUUCAAUCUUGAUAAAUUGAAUUGUAAUUGUGCAAGGGACAAGCAAAAGUACAACUAUAAAAUAAACUGCUUAGAAAAUGGCAAUUAUAACCCUCUGCAAACUACCCAGUCCAACGGAUAUUACUGCGUAGACGAUGAUGGUUUCCCUAAAACGGAUAUGUUCGACAGAGAAGUUAACUGUACAGAAUACUAUUAGAAUCAUGUGCAAAGCUUUGAAAUAAAAUGUAUAAAAGAAAUGCUUUCGCGGCCAUCAUUCAAUGUUAUUU